AGAAGGGGAAAAAAAAAAAAAAAAAAAAAGGCAAGAAAAAAAAAAAAAAACACCAGCGCAUUGAUCCGCGCCGUAUUUUUGGGUAAAUACGAUCACGUGGGGGCCGGGGAACCAAUGAGCUGCGGGGAAAAGGCUGGAAAAAUAAUUACCUGCCUUGAUUGUUCUGUGAGCAGAUAAAAAGUACAUAUACAGUUCAUACAAUAAUCUUAUGUAUGUAAAACCCUGUUACGAUGUCGGCGACGGGGCCCAUCAGUAACUAUUACGUGGACUCGCUCAUCUCUCACGACAAUGAAGACCUCCUAGCGUCCAGGUUUCCGGCCACGGGGGCUCACCCCGCCGCCGCCAGACCCAGCGGUUUGGUGCCGGACUGUAGCGAUUUUCCGUCCUGUAGCUUCGCGCCCAAGCCGGCAGUGUUCAGCACGUCGUGGGCGCCCGUGCCCUCGCAGUCGUCCGUGGUAUACCACCCGUACGGCCCCCAGCCCCACCUCGGCGCCGACACGCGCUACAUGCGGACUUGGCUCGAGCCGCUGUCCGGCGCCGUCUCCUUCCCCAGCUUCCCGGCCGGGGGCCGUCACUACGCCCUCAAGCCGGAUGCCUACCCCGGGCGCCGCGCCGACUGCGGCCCGGGUGACGGCCGCAGCUACCCGGACUACAUGUAUGGCUCGCCCGGGGAGCUGCGCGACCGCGCCCCGCAGACACUGCCCUCGCCCGAGGCGGACGCCCUCGCCGGCAGCAAGCACAAAGAGGAGAAGGCCGACUUGGACCCCAGCAACCCCGUGGCUAACUGGAUCCACGCCCGCUCCACGAGGAAAAAGCGGUGCCCCUACACCAAGUACCAGACGCUGGAACUGGAGAAGGAGUUUCUCUUCAAUAUGUAUUUAACCAGGGACCGUCGGUACGAGGUGGCCCGGGUUCUCAACCUCACCGAGCGGCAGGUCAAAAUCUGGUUUCAGAACCGCAGGAUGAAGAUGAAAAAGAUGAAUAAAGAGAAAACCGACAAGGAGCAAUCCUAAACCUUGCCCCAGCCUGCUGCCUCGGCACAGCCAAGGGAAAAACAAAAAAACCCCGCAAAAAUACCCCAACCCAGGCGGGAGAGAGCACGAAAA